AUGCUGAUGUGUCAUGUGUUGAUUGGUGUAUUUAUAAAACCGCCCUCACCCUUCACCCUUACCGUCUCCUCCCUCAACAUCACCUUCUCACUAAAGCUGAGCUCUCUCAUCUCUAUCAUCGUGGCUCAGUGGCUCUCGCACAAGCUCUCUCCCUCUCUCGACUCCGGUCUCUCUACUAUCUCCAGUGUCGCACUCAAGCUCGUCGUCAGUCAUCACCGUCUCGCACUCAGUUGCCCUCGCGCGCCUUUCUUGUCGCAGCAGGUCCCGGGACUGAUCAUCGUCGUCGCUCCCUGUCUCGUCACCGUCUCACACUCAAUCCCGCGCCUUUGUUGCCUUUGUUGCGCUUGUCGCCGGCGGCGGCAGAAACAACAGGUUCCAGGGCUGAUCGUCGUUGUUGUCUUCUUGCUUCCACUCUCGCCAUCAACUUCCUCUUCACUGUCAGCUUCCUCCCCGCCGUCAGCUUCCUUCCCGGAAGCUGGUCUCCGAUUUGCUUGUGCCUUUGAAUCAAAUGAAAAGAUUUGUCAACGAAAUCUCCCUACAAAAGUGAAGGUGGCAGCAGCUCCAAAGAGAUUGAAGAUCCCUCACGUCCAUUACUGCAACACAGGCAAGCAGCUUUGAAUAGAGUGAA